AUGUUACUUGAUCAUGGUGCCGACGUAAAUUUGACAAAUGAAUCCGGUAAGAGCGCUCUCCACGUUGCCGUAACCUCAAAUUAUCCUAAAUUAGUGAAAAAACUGCUUGAAUUUGUGGCACAAAUUCUACUUGACCACAACACGGAAGUUAAUUUGCAAACCAAAGAACAGCUUACCACUCUCAUGCACUUAGCUGUGGAAAACAAUUUUGUUGAAAUAGUGGAAAAACUCCUCUUCCACGGCGCCGAUAUAAACCUAUGCCGAAAUGGACGUAUAGCACUACACACAGCAGUAAACAAAAAUAAUCCAAAAGUGGCUAAAUUGCUACUAAACAAUGGGGCCGAAGUAAAUUUAAAAGAAGAAAAUGGUUUAGCUGCUCUGCACAUUGCUGUAUAUAACAAUGAUUUAGAAUUGGUGCAGCUUCUGCUUGAUUUCGGAGCCGACAUUAAUUUAAGAAUAGAGGCUGGAGGGACUGCUCUGGAUCUCGCUUUAAAUAAAAAAUGCCCUGAAUUGAUACAAAAGCUACUGGAACACGGUGCUGACGUCAAUCUAACGAAUGAAGAUGGAUGGUCCACCCUUCACAAAGCUGUGAGCAAAAAUGAUUCAAAUUUGGUGAAAAAGGUGCUAGACUUUGGAGCCCAAAUAAAUGCCCAAACACGUGAAGGAUGUACUGCUCUGCACAUCGCCGCACUUAAAAAUUAUCCUGAUGUGGUGAAAAUGCUGAUCGAUCACGGUGCCGAUACCACUUUGAAAGAUAUAAAAGGAUUCACCGCUGUGCACUUUGCCGUGAAGGGGAACAAUCCUGCAUUGGUGCAAUAUUUUCUCAACCACAGCACGGUUGCAACUUUACAGAUACAAGAUAAGUGGAUUGCUCUACAUGAAACUGUAAGUAGAGUUGGCAUGGAGAGUUCACAGGAGCUGAUCUUCUACAGAGAUUUUGUAAAUCUGAAAGACGGAGAUGGAUGGACUGCUUUACACUAUGCUGUGUUCCUCAACGAAGCAGAGUUAGUGCAGGAGAUUCUUGAUUACGGAGUGGAAAUAAAUGCCAAAACAAGAAAUGGACAGACUGCUCUACACUUCGCUUUGGAUAAAAACAAUCCAGAAUUGGUUCAAAAGCUUAUCGAUCACGGAUCAGACCUAAGUUUAGAGACCGAUGGUAUUUAUCCAGCUUUGCACACAGCUGUGAUUAGAAAUCACGUAGAAAUAGUUCAAAUACUUAUAAACAACGGCGCUGACGUAAAUUUGAAACAAAAUGACGGGUGUACUCCUCUGAACCUGGCUGUCCAACUAAAUAAAUUAGAAAUGGUUGAAAAGCUGCUCUAUCACGGUGCCGAUGUAAAUUUGAAGGCCCAAAAAGGAUGGGCCGCGUUGCACGUAGCCGCAGGCUAUAAUUAUUUGGAAAUAGCGCAAUGCUUGCUCACUCACGGAGCUGACGUUAGUUUAAAAAGUAAUGAUGGAUCGACCCCCCUGCACUACGCUAUUAUUUUAAAUAACCCAGAUAUGGCGUUUAAGCUGAUUGAUCACGGUGCUGAUACUAAUAUAUGGGAUAAUGAUGGUUGGUCCGCACUGCACCUCGCAGUGGGCAAGAACUUUUCUGAAUUAGUACUGAAACUACUUCAAUACGAUGGUGUUGAUGUAAAUUUUCGAGCAAAAGACGGAUCCACCGCUUUGUUCAAUGCUGUUAAAAAAAAUUUGCCUGAUAUGGUGCAACUUCUGCUCAACCACGGUGCAGAUGCUAAUUUGCAGUGUAUUGAUGAAGAGACUGCCAUUCACAUCGCCGUGAACACGAAUCGUCUCUACAUCUAG